CGCACUCUCACACACACACACACGCUCCCACGCACACCAUGUGAAGGGGCGCGCCCCGAGCGACCGCGGAGCCGCCGGCAAGCAUGGGGGACGCCGCGGAGCCCCGGGAGAUGCGGAAGACGUUCAUUGUCCCGGCCAUCAAGCCCUUCGACCACUACGACUUCUCCAGGGCCAAAAUCGCCUGCAAUCUGGCCUGGCUGGUGGCCAAAGCCUUCGGGACAGACAAUGUGCCAGAGGAACUUCGAGAGCCAUUUUACAUUGAUCAGUAUGACCAAGAGCACAUCAAGCCACCUGUUGUUAAUUUGCUCCUGUCGGCUGAACUGUACUGUCGUGCUGGGAGUCUCAUUCUCAAGAGUGAUGCAGCAAAACCCCUCUUAGGCCAUGAUGCUGUAAUCCAGGCUCUAGCACAGAAGGGUCUUUAUGUCACUGACCAGGAAAAGUUGGUAACUGAACGAGAUCUCCACAAGAAACCCAUACAGAUGAGUGCUCAUUUGGCUAUGAUAGAUACCCUAAUGAUGGCUUACACAGUAGAAAUGGUCAGUGUCGAGAAAGUAAUUGCGUGUGCGCAACAGUAUUCGGCUUUUUUUCAAGCCACAGAUCUACCCUAUGAUAUUGAAGAUGCUGUCAUGUACUGGAUCAAUAAGGUAAACGAACACUUGAAAGACAUAAUGGAGCAAGAACAGAAAUUGAAAGAACAUCACACAGUCGAAGCUCCAGUAGGUCAAAAGUCUCCUUCCAAAUGGUUUUGGAAACUGGUUCCAGCUCGUUACCGGAAAGAGCAAACACUGCUUAAACAAUUACCUUGCAUUCCAUUGGUAGAAAAUUUGUUGAAAGAUGGUACAGAUGGCUGUGCUUUAGCUGCCCUUAUUCAUUUCUAUUGUCCUGGUGUUAUCAGAUUAGAGGAUAUUUGCUUGAAGGAAACAAUGUCCUUGGCUGAUAGCCUGUAUAAUCUACAGUUGAUUCAAGAAUUUUGCCAAGAGUAUUUGAAUCAGUGUUGCCAUUUUACCCUGGAAGAUAUGCUGUAUGCUGCUUCAUCCAUAAAGAGUAAUUAUCUUGUGUUCAUGGCAGAACUCUUCUGGUGGUUUGAGGUGGUGAAGCCUUCAUUUGUGCAGCCUCGCGUUGUUCAUCCACAGGGAGCUGAACCUGUGAAAGAUAUUACGCCUUCGCUUCCUGUCUUGAAUGCUGCCCAAAGAAGUGUGUUGGAUAGUUCAUGUAGCUCUGACUUCUCUCCAAGUGUGGAAGGAGCUACAUAUGCGCCCUCUCAUCACCAUUUGUAUUCUCGACAUUCACGUGCCCAACCACAUUCUUCAGCCUCAGGAGGAAUUAGAAGGUCAUCAUCUAUGUCAUAUGUUGAUGGCUUCAUAGGGACCUGGCCCAAAGAGAAAAGGUCAUCAGUGCAUGGAGUUUCAUUUGAUAUUUCUUUUGACAAGGAAAGUAGUGUGCAGAGAUCCAUUCCAAACCGGGGAAUCACUCGUUCUAUUAGUAAUGAAGGAAUUACUGUGAACAAUAAUCGUGUAUCUAAACACAUUAGGAAAAAUCUGUCCUUCAAGCCAGUAAAUGGAGAAGAGGAAGCAGAAAGUAUUCAAGAAGAACUUAAUAUAGACUGUCACAGUGACCUCAAGUCUUAUGUGCCCCAUAAUAGAAAUAAUCUAAAUUCUAAUGAGAAUAUUCGUUACAAGGUUCCAAAUGGAGCUUUACAAAACAGAGUACUUCUCGAUGAGUUUGGCAAUCAGGUUGAAACACCAAGCAUUGAAGAGGCAUUACAGAUAAUUCAUGAUACUGAUAAAUCUCCUCAUACACCUCAGCCAGAUCAAAUUGCUAAUGGCUUCUUUCUUCAUAGUCAGGAAAUGAGUAUCCUAAAUUCCAAUAUCAAGCUAAAUCAGUCUACUCUUGAUAACAUCACUGAAACAAAAGGUGCCUUGAGUCCCGUCACUGACAACACUGAGGUAGACACUGGAAUCCAUGUUCCUUCAGAAGAUAUCCCCGAAACCAUGGAUGAAGAUUCUUCUUUGAGAGAUUAUACUGUAAGUUUAGAUUCGGACAUGGAUGAUGCAUCGAAAUUUCUUCAGGAUUAUGACAUGCGCACCAGCAACCCGAGGGGAUCACUGAGUCCUUGUCCAAGCACUGUUAGUACCAAGUCACAACCAGGCAGCAGUGCUUCCUCUAGUUCUGGAGUUAAAAUGACCAGCUUUGCUGAACAGAAAUUCCGGAAACUGAAUCACACUGAUGGGAAAAGUAGUGGGAGCAGUUCUCAAAAAACAACACCAGAGGGCUCUGAACUUAAUAUUCCUCACGUGGUGGCUUGGGCACAAAUUCCAGAAGAAACGGGUCUUCCUCAAGGACGCGACACUACCCAGCUGUUGGCAUCUGAAAUGGUACAUCUUAGGAUGAAACUCGAAGAAAAGAGGCGUGCUAUAGAAGCCCAGAAAAAGAAGAUGGAAGCUGCUUUUACCAAACAGAGGCAGAAAAUGGGAAGGACAGCAUUUCUGACUGUGGUGAAAAAGAAAGGAGAUGGAAUUUCCCCUCUUCGAGAGGAAGCAGCUGGUGCAGAAGAUGAGAAGGUGUAUACUGAUCCGGCAAAAGAAAAGGAACCACAGAAAGGGAAUGGACAGAGGAGCAAGUCUCUGGCCGACAUAAAGGAAAGCAUGGAAGUACCUCAAGCCAAGUGGCUCAAGUCUCCAACAACACCUGUUGAUCCUGAGAAGCAGUGGAACUUGGCAAGUCCCACAGAAGAAACCUUAAAUGAAGGAGAGAUCUUAGAAUAUACCAAGUCCAUUGAGAAGUUAAAUUCAUCACUGCAUUUUCUGCAGCAAGAAAUGCAGCGCUUGUCACUUCAGCAGGAGAUGUUAAUGCAGAUGAGAGAGCGAGAGCAACAGUCGUGGGUGAUUUCACCUCCCCAGCCCUCUCCGCAGAAACAGAGCCGGGAAUCGAAGCCACCCCGGCAGGCAGGAGCGUCCUCAACCAUUGCUUCCUUCUCCUCAGACUCCCCUCGGCCCACUCACCCAUCGCCACAGUCUUCUCACAGGAAAAGCGGAUCUUUUUCUGUGAAAAAUCAAAGGACUCCAAGGCCAAAUGAGUUAAAAAUCACACCUUUGAAUCGAACGUUGACCCCCCCUCGGUCUGUGGAUAGUCUUCCUCGGUUAAGGAGGUUUUCGCCAAGCCAGGUUCCUAUUCAGACGAGGUCCUUUGUGUGUUUUGGGGAUGAUGGAGAACCUCAGCUAAAGGAAUCCAAACCAAAGGAGGAAGUGAAAAAAGAGGAGCUGGACUCCAAAGAGACUGAGGAACAGCACCUACAAAACCCAGAGGAGACGGAACCCAAACCUCUGGAGUCAACAGUUUCAGAAGUCCUGUCACAGCCUGUUACAGAGACUGUCUGCCUGACACCGAAUGAGGACCAGUUGAAUCAACCCACAGAACCUCCAAAACCUAUUUUCCCACCUACUGCUCCUAAGAAUGUUAAUCUAAUAGAAGUUUCCCUCUCUGAUUUGAAACCCCCAGAGAAGGCUGAUGUGGCUGUUGAAAAGUACGAUGGCGAAAGUGAUAAAGAACAGUGUGAUGAAGAGCAGAAAGUCUGCUGUGGAUUCUUUUUUAAGGAUGACCAAAAGGCAGAAAAUGAUAUGGCAAUGAAACGGGCUGCUUUGCUGGAGAAACGAUUAAGAAGGGAAAAAGAGACUCAGCUUCGGAAACAGCAGCUGGAAGCAGAAAUGGAACAUAAGAAAGAAGAGACAAGGCGUAAAACUGAGGAAGAACGUCAGAAGAAAGAAGAUGAGAGAGCACGCAGAGAAUUUAUUAGGCAAGAGUAUAUGAGGCGCAAACAACUAAAACUAAUGGAAGACAUGGAUACCGUAAUUAAACCCCGCCCGCAAAUAGCAAAGCCCAAGAAACAGCGCCCCAAAUCUAUUCACAGAGAUCAUAUUGAAUCCCCCAAAACACCUAUUAAAGGUCCUCCAGUCUCUAGCCUUUCCUUGGCAUCCCUGAACACAGGCGACAACGAGAGUGUGCAUUCAGGCAAGAGAACACCAAGAUCAGAGUCUGUAGAAGGCUUCUUAUCUCCAAGUCGCUGUGGCAGUAGAAAUGGAGAGAAAGACUGGGAGAAUGCAUCAACAACCUCUUCAGUGGCUUCUGGGACAGAAUAUACGGGACCAAAGCUCUACAAAGAACCCAGUGCAAAAUCUAAUAAGCACAUAAUACAAAAUGCUUUAGCUCAUUGCUGUUUGGCUGGAAAAGUAAAUGAAGGUCAGAAGAAAAAAAUACUGGAGGAAAUGGAGAAAUCGGAUGCCAACAACUUCCUAAUCUUGUUCCGGGAUUCAGGCUGCCAGUUCAGAUCUUUAUAUACUUACUGCCCAGAAACUGAAGAAAUUAAUAAAUUGACUGGCAUAGGCCCAAAAUCUAUCACUAAAAAAAUGAUUGAAGGACUUUACAAAUAUAAUUCUGACAGGAAACAGUUUAGUCACAUACCUGCAAAAACCUUAUCUGCCAGUGUUGAUGCCAUUACCAUCCACAGCCAUUUGUGGCAAACCAAGAGACCUGUGACACCAAAAAAACUCUUGCCCACUAAGGCAUAGGAGUCAGGAGAUAUUUGUUGAGAACUCUCGUAGUGAAUUUGCACUUCAUCUUUCCUGCCUAUUAAGAAUGUUUCUAAUUGCCAACAAGACUUUUGCUCAUUGAAACUGGACAUUGAGCUCCGUUGCCAGGAACAACUGGAAUGUGGCCCACAGUAUUUGGAGUGUAGAGAAGUCUCACUUAGGUGGCAAAUUGAAGCGAUGAAGGAAUCGGUUCACAAAUGGAGGUUUGUUUCACUGGGUUCACCAAUUGGAUAUAAUGAAGCACUGAAUUCUCAUGGACGCUGGUUGGACUUAGAGUUUAAAUAUGGCUUAGAUCACAAAUUAUGUGUUCCAUUUGUUGCUUUUUAAAAAACAUUUUUAAUGUAUUUGCUCAUCUUCAGAUGGUUUAUUUUGCUAAUUAUCUCUCGGGGGAGGGGGUGGAUUUAUUCUAAGAUAUCUUUGACUUUUGUUACACAUGGAGAUCAUAAGAAUAGGAACUGUGCCUUCAUUGGUAACUUGCACCUUUCUUAUGAUGCUCAGAGAAACACUAGUGUUUGGUUUUCCAGUAACCCUUAUGUUAUAAUGGUGUUAGGACAUAUGCAAGAAUUAUUCUACUUAGUAUUUACAGUUCUGUAUUUAUUGUUCACUCAAGUAUUAACAUUUCUUCAUUAAAUAAAAGGAGGAGGUGUUGUAAAGAGCUGCUAGUAGAUUCGCUUUAAAUCACGUGAGCUUAACCAAGAAAAUGUUUAAGUUGCUGAUUAAAUCAGUUUUGUUUUUUACUCUUCUGACCAACUCGGAACCACUUAGAUUGUUGUCUUAGCAAGUAUCCCUUUUAAAGUAUCCCUUUUAAAGCAAGUCACUUUACAAGCUGGCAGGAGUGAAAGACACUUUGAGAGUAGUCUUUCAGUCUGAAAAUUUAGGACUUCCUGCCACUAUGGAAGAGGUCUUUAUGUUAUAUUUAUAACUGAAAAAAGAAUUAUAUCUAGAAUUUAUAAACAUGUACAAAGGGCUACAUUUUGAUUUUAAUUUUUUUAAUAGCAUCACAUUAUUUUACUUCUUGAGUUUUUCUUUUUCAUCCCAUUUGAGUGGAACAGCUUAGAUUAAGUACACUCUCAGAUCUCCUCUACAUGAUAUUUGUUCCAUUAACAGUAUAUGCCAGAGGGUUAGUUGGGGAAAAACUUUAUUCUCAGGAAAAGACUUGAAUGAUUAUGUGACCCUGUUAUGUUUCAGUGUUGUGACAACUGUGUAAGCUUAGGGGGGGAAGACAGUAUUGUAUCAUAGGUGAGAUGCAUAGUUUGUUUUUUUUUCAUGGGAAGUAGAGAUUUAAAAUAAACACGUUUCUCCAACUGCUGUUUGGAGAAAUAGCUAGUAUCUCAUAUGAUGUAUUUACUCAUUUUUUAAAAAAGAGUAGGAAUGAGAUGUCCCUGAACUGUACUUUUCUAUUAUUAUAAGGCCUUUAGGCAUCAAUGCAUCUGGGUUAUCAACAUUUUCUCAAAUGCUGUCAAUAUUUUACUGUAAUUUAUGUUCUUAUAUUUAUGUAUAUUUGUUAAAACUGUAAAAAAAUGUUUUACAGAUUUUUUCCAAUAUCUGUGCAAAAUAUAUGUGUAGCUCAAAACUAUUUGUGAUCUGCUGUUUGCAUGUAAAAGACCAGGAUAUGUAACUCUUAUUUUAAGUGCAUACAUAUUGUGUAUAUAAUAUUGAAAUGAGGAAUUGUACAUUUUAUUCUUCAGACAGCAGUUACUAUCAGGAGGAAAUGGUUAUCAAACACAUACAUGCUUAGAUUAAGCUAGUUUUUAAAAGUAGCAAAUGAAUCUAAUCAGAAUACGACAAAUAACAAUUAACUAUCCCUUAUCAAAGCGGUCUUUGUGACAAUACUUAACUAUUAAAUUUGCCAAAAAAUUAGUUGUAACACAAUGGGAAUCAAAAUUAAACCAGACCACUCUUAAAUUCAUGUGCAAUGAAUGAAUGUCCAUAUGUCUGAAGGGAGAAUGUGAAUAUUGCCACAAAAUGUUCAUUGCUUUCAGUAUAAUAUUUUACUUUAUUAGUGCAGAAGGAAUAUGGAUAUAUUUCUCUGUAAGUCUGCAGUUUUUUUUUAAAUUAUGGUGCAGCUUUUUAAAUUACGUUUUUAAAGUUACACAAAUGAAAAUUAUGUUCUUUCAUAAAGACUGGAGAGUUUCACCAACCUUAUGGAAACGCCUUGGUGCUUCCGGGUUAAAAUGUAAUUAUUCGAUAAAAUUUGCCAAACACUUCUUAUGUAAACUGGUGCGACCUGUCUAAUUCUGCUGUUUGACAUACCUUUGGAAAGCUUUUACUUCCUCUUGAUUUCCGGUUUUGUUUUUAAAUGACUAUGAGAGGUUCUGUUGGCUGUUCCAGUGGGUGGCGGACACUGCCGGGCAGGGCAGUGUAGGGUGUUUCCUGGCGCGCGCUCAGAGGCUUUUUCUAAAUGCUGUGCUGUAACCUAUUGUCACAUGGGCUAUUCCCUGGUACCGUGUACUUGCUCCCUUUUGUUCGAAUAAAAGCAUGGCACCAAG